AUGUCAACACCACCAGUGCAAGAAAUGACACCUCCACAACAGCCGGAAGAGCUGAAUCCACUCCAAUUGGAAGGAGUUACUCCACAACAAAUGGAAGAAAUGGUUAGACAUCUUGUGAGAGCAUUUUAUACACCACGAACGGAUGAACUGACUUCUUUACCAGUGGAGGAAAUGGCCAUAGCAACUACGUCCGAAGCUACGCCCGAAACACUGGAUAGCUUGAUGUCAACCCUGAAUAAAUGGCGGAUAGCGAUUGCACUUACCUCUGGUCUAGGUGCGGUGGUGUCAUCCGAGAUUUUCGUGAAAAGAAUUCCGAAAGGGUUGAGCAUCACUUUGGCAGUUGCUUGUAGGGUUCUUACAAUUAAUCGGGUGCUUGGCAUAUCCGCUUCCAAUCGGCGCAAGGACCCACCCAAAAAUUAUCAUUGGAGCAUGUAUUCUGCUGUUGCGUCCACAGCGGUAUAUGGUGUCGCCGGCUGGUACCUUUCUCGAAAACAACAUCCAACUGUAUUUGUAUGUUUGGUUAUGUUGAUGUUUACAGCCAUUAGCGGCAUGUCCUCGCUAAAAAUGUGGGUAUUUGCUUUUCUUAGCUUAUAUAUGUUUACCUUUAUUUAUAUAUAUGAUACCCACGUACUGUUUGUCACAAAAACUUGUCAAAUCAUUCUAAUACCCACGAGCUAA